AUGCUGCGACGACAGGCCAGAGAGCGUCGAGAAUAUGUAUACGCCAAGUCUCUCGAGAGCCAGGAGAGGCAAACCUAUGAGCGGAAGCAACAGCUCAAAGAUGCUCUUGCGACCGGCAAAGCACUGCCCACCGAACUCAAGAAAGACGCAAAGGCGCUAGGGAAGGAUCUAGCCCUGGACGAGGCGCAAGCUGAUCCCACCAGCCAUAUCGACAAUGAGUAUUCGAGAGCCGGGGUACAAGACCCUAAAAUUGUCAUCACCACUUCACGAGAUCCCAGCUCGAAACUACUUCAGUUUGCCAAGGAAAUGCGCCUAGUGUUUCCUAAUUCACACCGCAUCAACCGAGGAAACUACGUCGUGAAGGAGUUGGCUGACGCAUGCAGGGCAAACGAAGUGACAGAUCUCAUAGUACUACAUGAGCAUCGUGGUGUGCCAGACGCCAUGAUUGUUUCUCAUUUCCCCCAUGGUCCGACAGUCUACUUCACCCUCAACAACGUCACCCUGAGGCACGAUAUCGGAUCGUACAAGUCUUCCACCGUGUCUGAACAGUACCCGCAUCUCAUAUUCGAGAACUUCAGCUCAAGACUGGGCGAACGAAUACGCGACGUCUUGAAAUUUCUCUUCCCAGUGCCAAAAGAAGACAGCAAGCGUGUGAUGACCUUCUCGAAUGAGAACGACUUCAUUUCCUUCAGGCAUCAUGUUUUUGUAAAAGUUUCGAGGCAAGUCCAACUUGCAGAGGUUGGGCCCAGAUUCGACAUGAAACCGUAUGAAAUUCGACAAGGUACAUUUGAACAGAAUGAGGCAGAGCGAGAAUGGGUUUUGGCACACUAUGCCCGGACAUCAAAGAAGCGUACUGUGCUAUCUUCCCCUGCUGGACCUCACUCGGCCGCGACCGAGAGCACAAAUAGUAGCAAGCGAAUUAGAACGAAAGGAUGA